AUAUGCCCCUGCAUGGGGGUAGGGGCUUCACCCUCAGUUCCCACUCCCCAACUCUUUCAGGUCCUGGAGCUCCUGGUUGGCAAGUGCCAUCUGUGGGAUGUCAGUGGGGCUAGCUGGAAGCCAGAGGUAAACUGCUGGGUUACCAACUCUACCAUGUCCCAGGUGAUGUCCGGCCCCCUGCUGGCAGGAGGCCACUCAGUCAGCUUGGCUCCCUGUGAAGAACCCAGAAGGAUUCUGCACCCAGCACCCAGCCCCAGCCUGCUGCCCCAGUGUUCUUACUACACCAUGGAAGGCUGGGGUGCCCAGGCCCUGGUGGCCCCCACACCCUACAAGGGGCCCCCCAACAGGCUCCAGCAGGCCACACAGGCUGAGGCCAAGGCCAAUUGCCUCCUGCAAUCCCCUGAGGAGCAGGCCUCGGGGACUCUAGAGGACCUUGACUCCUACAUUGACUUCUCGCUGGAGACUCUCAACCAGAUGAUCCUGGAACUAGACCCUACCUUCCAGCUGCUUCCCGCAGGGGCUAGUAGCCCCCAGGCCAAAUCUUCCCAGGGCACCACCUCAAGGAGAAAGAAAGAUGAACCUGAAGCCUUAGAUAUAAAGUACAUCGAGGUGACCUCCACCAGAUCACGGUGCCACGAUGGCCCCCAGCGCUGCUGCAGCCCAUCUGCCACCCCACCCUUCGGCUCUCCGCGCAGUGGUGGCCUCCUCCCUUCCAGAGAUGGUCCCCGAGAGACCCGAAGCAGCAGUGAGAGCCUCAUCUUCUCUGGGAUCCAGGGCAGGGGGCACCAGCGCCCCCUUCCUCCUUGCGGGGGCUCCUCCCCACACCCUCCACACUCCCCCAGCAUCUCCAUCCCUUGCAUGGGGAGCAAGGCCUCAGGUCCCCAUGGCCUGAGCUCUCCGUUAGUGUCUCCUUCAGGCCUAGAGAAGGGGCUAGGGACCCAGGCCCCACAGCGGGGCAGCAGGGUCUCUGUGCUGUCAGCCAGCCCAGCAUCUGACAUCAGCUACGUGUUUGGAAGCAGCCAGUCUCUCCUCCACUCCAGCAUCUCCAGCCAUCAGUCACCUUCUAGAUCCUUGGAAAGUCCAGCCAGCUCUUCCUCCAGCCUCCACAGUCUUGGUUCAGUGUUCCCGUGUACAAGACCCAGUGACUUCCAGGCUCCAAGCAACCCCACCCAGAACAUGGGCCAGCCCAGAGCACCCCACUCCCCACUACUAGCCAAAGAACAUGCCAGCAGCUGCCCCCCAUCGAUCAACAACUCCAUGGUGGACAUACCCAUUGUGCUGAUCAAUGGCUGCCCAGAACCAGGGUCUCCCCUACCCCAGAAGACCCCAAGACACCAGGGCUCCAUCCAACCUGGAGCUGCUUCUCCCAGCAACCCCUGUCCAGCCACCAGACGCCACAACCAGACCCAGCCAGAUGCCCCCUUCACCGUGUGCCCAGAGGGUCCCACCAGGGACAUGCAGCCCACCAUGAAGUUUGUGAUGGACACAUCUAAAUACUGGUUUAAGCCAAGCAUCACCCGAGAGCAAGCAAUUGAGCUGCUGAGGAAGGAAGAGCCAGGGGCUUUUGUCAUAAGGGACAGUUCUUCAUACCGAGGCUCCUUUGGCCUAGCCUUGAAGGUGCAGGAGGCCCCCGCAUCUGCUCAGAACCAAGCAGGUGAGGACAGCAGUGACCUUAUCCGGCACUUCCUCAUCGAGUCUUCUGCCAAAGGAGUGCACCUCAAAGGAGCAGAUGAAGAGCCCUACUUUGGGAGCCUCUCUGCCUUCGUGUGCCAGCAUUCCAUCAUGGCCCUGGCCCUGCCCUGCAAACUUGUCAUCCCUCAGAAAGAACUGGGAGGUGCAGAUGGGGCCUCUGCCCCCUCCACAGACAGCCCGGCCUCCUGCCUGAAGAAAUCAGCUGGCUGCCACGCCCUAUACUUGAGCUCUGUGAGUAUAGAGACCCUGACUGGCGCCCUAGCUGUGCAAAAGGCCAUCUCCACCACCUUCGAGAGGGAUGUCCUCCCCACGCCCACCGUGGUCCACUUCAAAGUCACCGAGCAGGGCAUCACCCUGACCGACGUCCAGAGGAAGGUGUUUUUCCGGCGCCAUUACCCCCUCGCCACCCUCCGCUUCUGUGGCAUGGACCCUGAGCAACGGAAGUGGCAGAAGUACUGCAAGCCCUCCUGGAUCUUUGGAUUUGUGGCCAAGAGCCAGAUGGAGCCCCAGGAGAAUGUGUGCCACCUCUUCGCAGAGUAUGACACAGUUCAGCCAGCCUCACAGGUCAUCAGCCUGGUGGCUGCCCUGCUGCAAGACACAGAAAGGAUGUAGGGGAGAGAGCUGCCUGUGCACCUUCCCGGACAUCUCCAGGGCUUGCCCGAGAGCCCCCCUCCACUCCCCGAACAAGUGUGGCUUGUGGCAGACCACAGACCAUUCUGUUGGUCUAUCAGUAUCAAUUUGAUACUGAAUAGUAUCAAUUUGAAACCCUUGAACCCACUGUGACCUUCAGCAGUAACCUUCAUCCAGAUCCCCUGGACCUCAGUUUCCCCAACCAUAAAAGGAACCCAAGGGACCAGAUCACCUGUUCUUCUCAAACUUUGGUGGGCAUUUGAACAUGCCCCUCCAUGAUUCUGAAGGAUACCCACAUUUGACGUUCAAGGAUCCUUGCCUAAAAAUAAUGUCUGAAAACCCUCUGACCCCAUCAACCUGGAUGCUAUGGACACUACCAUAAUAACAGUCUGACAGAGACACCUGUCGUUUUGUGGCAGACGGCAGGAGCUAUGUCAGGAUCCACAGGGCUGCUGACCCGAGACUGAUGAUAGUUAAGGAUUGAGGACAGAACAAGGGAUGGAACAUACUCUAUCUCCUUCUA